AUGAAGGGUUUUACUUUUACCUUUCUCGCUUCAUUAUUGAUCCUCAGUGAUCCAUCGAUCGCCAGACCAGCAGUCCAUGAAUACAAUGCUCGCGGGAUCGAAGGUCGUCAAGUAUCUACCUCCCUUGCAGCCGUCCCUACGGACUGUACGAAUGAAAGAACUGGCAGGAGCUUGAUUGAUGGACGUCAAAAUGGUGGUGGUGGAAGGUCUGGAGGUGGAGGUGGUGGAGGUGGUGGUAGAAAUGGAGGCGGAAAUAGAGGAGGUAAUGGUGGAGGGAACAAUGGUGCCGAUGGAGGUAACAACAACAACAACGAUGAUGCUGCUGCCGCUGCUGCCGCCGAUGCCGCUGCAGCAGCAGAUGCAGCUAAUGCUGCCAAUGGGGCCAACAACAACAACGACAACAACGGUGGUGGUGAUGCUGCUGCUGCUGCUGCUGUCUCUUCUGCUUCCGCCGCUUCCGCUGCUGCUGCCGCUGCUACGGAUGCAGCUGACAACAAUAACAACAAUAAUAACGGCGGAGGAGAUCGUGCGAAUACCAAUGCAAAUAACGGUGGUAACAACGGAGAUAAUUCCGCUGCUCAAGGUGAUCAAGAUAAGAAUAAUGCUGCUGCACCCGUCGCUGCUAAUGAGAAUGGUGCACCUGGACCUGCUGUUCCGGUUUUAACCUUUAAUGACGGUACUAGGCUCAACGCGGCCGUGAUCCAAGACACCGAGGCGAAUCCUAAUGCUACCGCUAACCAAGCUGCCAGUGCUACUUCUUAUAAUAACUUCCUUGAUUUCUGUGUUGGUCAGACUAUCACUAAUGGUUUACAAAACAAAGCCGGAAGUUGCAAUCCUGUACCGAUCGGUCAGAUUCCUUCCACUCAAAAUUUGAUUUCCACAACUUUUGUCACUCCCAGGAACAUGGAGACCAUCCAAGCUGGUCAAACGUUUACUAUCGGAUUACAAACCACUGGUAUGACCAUGGGAUCAUUCGUAAAUGCCCAAAAGAACUAUUACGCUGCUCCUCAGCAAAUCGAUGGUUCAGGCCAAAUUGUAGGACACGCCCAUGUCGUCUUACAACCUAUGAAAGCCAUCGACGAUACUUCUGUACUUGAUCCUAAUACGUUCACAUUCUUCAAAGGCAUGGAUCUUGGUGAUGUCAAUGGUCUCUCGACUAUCGAUGUUCAAGGUGGUGUACCUGCCGGAGCGUACAGACUGUGCACCAUUAUGUCAGCUUCGAAUCAUCAAAGUGUCAUUCUACCCAUCGCUCAAAGGGGUGCAGAGAAUACUUGCAGCUACUUCACUGCGGCGUAG